AUGUGCAGGCCGGUUAUAUGCGUUGAUGGCACUCAUUUGCGUGGCGAAUACAAGGGCAAACUCCUUGUUGCAGUCACGCAAGAUGCGAACAACCAGAUUCUGCCAAUUGCUUAUGCCAUAGUUGAUGAGGAGACGAUUUCCAGUUGGUCGUGGUUUAUGGAACAAUUAAGAUAUAAUGUGGCACUUGAUCGACAUCCUAUCUGUGUCAUUUUCGAUCGCCACAAUGGUAUCAUCUAUACCAUGACACAUUUUGAUUAUUGGGAGGAACCUUUAGCCUACCAUAGAUUUUGCCUGCGACAUGUUAGGAGCAAUUUGAUGACACACUUCAAAGGUUUACACCUUCGCAAGUUGUGUUGGGCAAUGGGAAGGGCAAGACAAUUAUGCAAGUGGCGGAUGUUCAGAAGAGAACUACGCAGCAUGUUCCCAGAUGUUUGGAAUUAUCUGUCAACCAUUAGUCCAGAAAAGUGGUGCCUAACACACGACGAUGACCGUCGUUGGGGUAUUCUAACUACCAACAUAUCCGAAAGCUAUAAUAAUGUCUUGCGCGGGGCACGGCAUUUGCCAAUUCGUGUAUGCAUUGACAUAACAUUUCAUCGGACAGUUGCGUUAUUUAAGACGAGAAGGGAAGAUGCUUCACAUUGUCGCAAUCCUUUUCCCCCAAAGAUAUGGCGGCGUUUUAAAAAUGCUGAGCGGAAGGCAGGCGCCCACAGAGUCAUUGAGUUCGAUGGCCCAUCGGGCAUAUAUAAGGUUAUCACAGGGCCUCGUGUCGAUGGUAAAGGAGGCAAUACGCAAACCAUCAGGUUUUUUUAUAAGACAUGCUCUUAUGGAAAGUGGCAGAUAUACAGGCUUCCUUGUUCACACGCUUUGGCGGUGUGCAGGAAUAGAGGUGACAAUUCGGGAUUGCUUGUGGACCAGCAGUUUACCAAAACAAGGUGGGCGGUCCAGUAUUCAGGCAUGUUUAACCCAUUGCCGCAUCAAGAUACUUGGCUCUAUCCUGGGUGGGAGCUGCAGGCAGACAAGAGCAAAUUUGUUACACGUCGGGCAGGGCGGGUUCGAGCUAGCAGAAUUCGGAAUGAGAUGGAUGAAAGGGAUCCAGACGAACCAAGAAGAUGUCGAAAUUGUCAUCAGACGGGUCACAAUAGGAGAAAUUGUCUGAAUUAUAGGCCUUGA